CGCAAAGCUUCCAGAGCUUCCAUCGCAUCCAUUUGCGUCACGUCACUGGCUAUACUUAAGGGACCUUCGCUCCGCAAACGCCAAUCGCAGUCAUGCCGCCGAAACGAGCCAUAGCCCGACCAUCUGGGGGGGCAAAACCAUCACCAGCUUCGGCAGCGCGGGGAGGGCGAGGAGUGGCGGCGCCGGCACAAGCACAAGGUCAAGCACAAGUACAAGUAGCAGUAAGGAGACCACGGACAAGUGACGUACAACCCGGCGACCCCAUCCCGCAAGGCAAGAAGCGGCGCUACCGCCCGGGCACCCUCGCGCUGAAGGAGAUCCGCCGCUACCAAGCCAACACAGAUCUGCUCAUGUCGAAGCUACCGUUCGCCCGUCUUGUCCGCGAGAUAGCCCUGGAUUGUCGGCCAACGGGCGAGGAGCUGCGCUGGCAGUCGCAAGCGAUUCUGGCGCUGCAGGAGUCGGCCGAGGCCUUCCUGGUGCACCUGUUUGAGGACACGAACCUCUGCGCCAUCCACGCCAAGCGCGUCACCAUCAUGCAAAAGGACAUCCAGCUGGCCCGGAGGAUACGAGGCGUUUGGGGCGGGGCCGGUUGGAUAUAGCGACCCGCGCUGUACGUGGUCUAGCCUGAUCAGGGGGAGAUGGGGGAACGCGACUUGUGUUGCUUGUCUUGCCGCUGGAUGGGAUGCAUUUUUACUUUGGAAAAUGACCGGGGCAGUUUCGCCCAUGGCUAUAUGCUCGCGCCAGCACAG